GGUUAGCGCCCGUCCGCGCCACUUCCGACGCAGCCCGCGGUUCAGGUUCCGGGGCGCCGCAGAGCUCCCGGCCUGUGGGUCGAGCGCGGCCCUCUGCGGCGGCCGGGAUGGAGGAGGCUGGAGGGGCUGUGGCUACAGCCGGGGAGGCCGAACUGAACUUGUCUCGCCUCAGCGUGUCUCUCGAGACGCUGGAGUCGGAGCUGGAGGCGCGGGGCGAGGAGCGGCGCGGCGCGCGGGAGGCGCUGCUGCGGCUGCUGCUACCGCACAACCGUCUGGUGUCGCUGCCGCGGGCGCUGGGCAGCGGCUUCCCGCACCUCCAGCUGUUGGACGUGAGUGGCAACGCGUUGACCGCGCUGGGGCCGGAGCUUCUGGCGCUGCGCGGCCUGCGCACGCUGCUGGCCAAGAACAACCGGCUCGGCGGCCCGGGCGCCCUCCCCAAGGGCCUGGCCCAGUCACCGCUCUGCUGCAGCCUCCAGGUGCUUAACCUCAGCGGGAACUGCUUCCAGGAGGUGCCCACCUCGCUGCUGGAGCUGCGCGCGCUGCAGACCCUCAGCCUCGGCGGCAACCAGCUUCAGAGCAUCCCGGCCGAGAUCGAGAACUUGAGGAGUUUAGAGUGUUUAUAUCUGGGAGGAAACUUCAUCAAAGAAAUACCACCAGAGUUAGGAAAUCUGCCUUCUCUAAAUUACUUGGUAUUAUGUGACAACAAAAUCCAGAGUGUGCCUCCUCAGCUUUCACAGUUGCAUUCACUUCGUUCCCUUAGUCUUCACAAUAACUUGCUGACAUACCUGCCUCGAGAGAUCCUCAACCUUAUUCAUUUGGAAGAACUGAGUUUGCGAGGGAACCCACUGGUUGUUCGUUUUGUUAGAGAUUUAACCUAUGAUCCUCCAACUCUCCUGGAGUUAGCUGCACGGACCAUUAAAAUUCGAAAUAUUUCCUACACUCCCUAUGAUCUUCCUGGGAAUCUUCUUAGAUACUUGAGUUUAGCCAGCAAUUGUCCAAACCCAAAGUGUGGAGGAGUCUACUUUGAUUGCUGCGUCAGACAAAUUAAAUUUGUGGACUUCUGUGGGAAAUACCGCCUCCCUCUGAUGCACUACCUGUGUUCGCCAGAAUGCUCUUCCCCUUGCAGUUCUGCCUCUCACAGCUCCACAUCCCAGAGUGAAUCCGACUCAGAAGAUGAAGCUAGUGUGGCUGCACACAGAAUGCAGAAAGUUCUUCUUGGUUGAAAAGGGUGCAGAGUGGUGUGAAACGCUAAAAGACUGAGCAGAGGUGGUUAGAAAAGAGAAUGGACUUUGAGGUUAAAACUGGAUCUUAAAUGUCCAUGACACAGUUGAGAUUUUGUGUUUCUUGCCAUUCAGGAAGAAGCCCAGUUCCAUGUUUGGAUUCUUGGAAUAUAAUUCGCUGUGAAUGGCAGUUUCAAAUAUAGCUGAUUGUUUGCAGUU